AUGGCUGAGAAUAAAAACUUCAAAUACGGUGAAUUACAAAAGGGUAUUUUAAGUAAGGUAAUUAAAGAUCUCACCAACUUUAAAAAAGCACCGAAAGAACGAAGGGUUCCGGCAUAUGCUUCAGGUCGUCUAGCGAAGUUAGAAGACGACAUGGUGACAUCUAAAAAGUACCACGAAGCCAUCAUCGGUGCCGGUAUGCUAGAGGAGAAUCUGAAAAAGGAGGAGUUAGUGGUUGUUUAUGACCAGAUAUUUGACAUUUACCUCGAGUAUAGGGCAGAGUUGGUGGACGCAAUGGCAAAAUCAACACCAGUCAGUGGGGCGUCUUCAAGUGGGGGUACUCUACCAUCAACAGGGCAAACGUCAUCGGGGAUCCGACUUCCACGCAUCGAUCUACCUAAAUUUGACGGGUCGUAUGUUACGUGGCGUGGUUUCCAUGAUCGAUUCCUAGCUCUCGUUCAUAAUAACAAGGCUUUAGAUGACAUCGAUAAACUGCAUUUUUUGCAGUCCUGCUUAAUUGGAGAUGCCAAUCGGUUUCUGCAGAACAUAUCGGUGGAAGCAGCUAAUUACCAGAAGGCGUGGGAGCUUUUAGAGGAGCGUUAUGACCACAAGCGCAUUUUGGUGCAUAUUCAAAUGCAAAAUUUGUUUGGUCAACCUUCUCAAACUCGAGAAACUGCUUCUGGUCUGCAAGAACUUUUGUACACCACAAGAGAAUGCUACCUCGCUCUUGAGAAUAUCGACGUUCCGGUGUCUACCUGGGACACAGUCUUGAUUUGGUUCAUUGUCCAGAAACUCCCCAGCACAACUCAAAAACUGGAGGAAGAGAAGUUAGGGAAUCGAAAAGAGUUGCCAAAAUUUAAAGAACUUACCGAGUUUUUGGAGACACGUUUCCGGACUCUUGAGGUUGUGGGCCAACAGGAACUUGGUGCAGCAGGCAGAAACAAGAACGAGCAACCCGUCAACAGCAAGCCGCGUUUCCAGCCUGCGAAAUCGAAGAGUUUCCUUGUGAAACAAUCAGCCAAGCAGCCUUCCAAGCCAGUACCGAAGACGAACACUGUGGAGCAGUUGGUAUGCAAGCUAUGCAACCAGGAGAAGCACUCGUUGAAGAGAUGUCAGCAGUUCCUGGAUAUGGACAAUGUGCGACGAAGAGAUGUCGUUCGUAGGUUAAAGGUCUGCGAAAAUUGCCUUUCUUACAGACACUCUCUCCACGAAUGUCCCAGUUCCAGCUCCUGCCAUUUCUGUCAACAACGACACAACACAUUGCUGCAUUCUAAUCAGUCGAGUUCCAGCACACACACACCACAACAACAACCACAGCCUGCAGCUACUUCAGCUCAGGCUAAUAUACUCAGCUCGAACGUGUUAUACUCGUCCGUAAAUCCGAACGCGCCUGAGUUCCAGCCAAUGGGUCAACAACAACAACAAAGUUUUAACUACCACACGUCGCAUGGUGAUCGUUUUACAACACAUCAGGUGCUUCUAGCGACAGCAGUUGUUAAGGCCCGAAGUGCAGAUGGCCGGCUACGCCUUUUACAUGCUCUGAUCGAUACUGGGUCAGAAAGAUCUUUCAUCACAGAAGCUGCUGCACAACUGCUGAAGCUAGAAAAGCGGCGUACCAUGGUCGAGGUAUCUGGGUUAGGGUUGGUCAGCAGUGGCAAAAUGCAUAACUCCGUCGAAGUAAGUCUUGCAUCCCGCCACUCGACGUUCGAGAUUGCCAUUCAGGCAUUGGUCUUCAAGUCGCUGACUGGCCAUCUCCCGACCCAACGCGUGAUACAUGGCCAAUGGAACCAUCUCGAUGGUCUCUCAUUAGCAGAUCCCCAUCUCUACGAGCCUGCUCCCAUUGACUUACUACUGGGAAGCGAUGUUUGUGCCCAAAUAUUUUUACCCGAAAUAAAACGGCCUCUAGAUGGUAUCGGUCCGAUCGCGCAAAAUACGCAAUUAGGGUGGAUCGUGUUAGGGAAAGUUCCAGCGGAAAUUCCCCGGCAAGUGCGCAGCUUUCUUCAAAUUGCCGAAUUAUGCACACAGAUGGAGAAGUUUUGUGAGAUGGAAGAAAUGCCGUUCCAGACACAUGAAACCCUUGACAACAUUGUUUGCGAUGAGCAUUUUUCACAGCACACUAGGCGUUUACCUGACGGGCGUUAUGAAGUGAAGCUGCCGUUCAAAGGUGAAAGUCUUCCAGCGAUGGGUUCCAGCCGACAAGGCGCUCUUCGACGAUUACAACUUCUCGAAAAGAAACUCGAUGCCGAUCCAAGACUUUGUGCGGAUUACACAAAGUGUAUUAAGGAGUACGAAGACCUCAACCAUAUGGAAGAAAUAGAUCCAAAUGACCCGGUUUUGGCAACACCUUAUAACUACUUCUUGCCACAUCAGCUUCAAAAGCUUCGGAUGGGAAAUCCCUCAACGACCGUCUUCUGGUGGGUCCAAAAUUGCAGACUAGCAUCAUAG